GUCAGUCCAGCACUUUUAAUUAGAGAUAGAUGUAUGGGAAAGUACAACUGUGGAUUAUUUUGAAUGCUACAUUUGACCAAUGCUGACAGAGAUGAGCACAACUAUUACUCUUGCUGAAAUCUUGCACACCAAAGGAAGUCCUCUGGAGGAAGAAGAAAUAUGGGCACUAUUGCUGCUUGGUGCACAACGACUCAUGGAGGACAUCCGCAGAGAAGAACCUGCUUACAUAAUUUGUCCGUGGUCGGUUCUACUCUCAACUGAAGGAACUUUGUCUUUUAGAGACAACAUAUCCCAGACAAACCUUGCACCUUUCAAAGCUCCUGAAAUACUGUGUGACCACAACAUAAUUAAACAUUGUGGAUUGACAGAGAGCGACUGA